GAUUCCAUUCUCUACAUGAGUUUAUUUUAGAAUAUUUGAGAAAUUAUCAUGGUUUAUAGUUUAGUUCAUAUUUAUUCUUAUGCAUGAUUUGAUGACAUUAUAUCUCAAUAAUUAGAUGACAAUAUAUUUUGAAUGUUCAGAAAAUGUGAUAAAAUUUAAUCACCAGCAUUAUAUUGAACUUGAUUAAAUUUAUGAAAUGAUUUACUCAAUCUUGUACAUUAUAAAUUGUUUACAAGUAUUAUUUACUUGUUGUGAAUUGAAUAUAUCGCCUUUAUUUAACUUUUGGAUUGAAGAAAAUAUUGAAAAAGGUACUUUUAUUGGCAGGCUAUCAUUGUCAUCAUCAACAUCAUCAUCGUUAUCGCCAACAGAAACAGCGAUAGCAGAUACUUCAGUAUCAUCGAUUGCCUUAACUCCAAUGGAUUCAAAAUAUACAUCUUCAUAUACCUGUGUCUAUACUAGUUUAGCUCAACAGCCUAUUUCAAACUAUUUUCAUAUUGAUUCCAAUGAUGGUUCUAUAUAUGCCCUAAGAAAAAUCGAUCGUGAAGCUUUAUGUGAUGAAUAUAGUUUAUUAGAACGUGUUAAAAAACAUACUAUAGAUAGGAUAAAAACUGAUCAACACUCAUUGAAUAACAAUACUAUUGACAUUGAUAAACUCAAUGGAAAUCAAUCGAAUGCUGAAACUUUCAAGACAACAACUACUAGAACAGAUAAUUCCAGAUACUACAGGAAUGUUAAUCACGAACUUGAUAUGGUGAGUCAGCCAAUGACAACAAGCGUAUGUCAAGUUAAAUUCCAAGUACUUAUCAGUGAUACUACUGGGUUAAAAUCAAAAAAUAAUGUAUUGCAAGAUGUACAAAUUACAAUAUCUGAUAUAAAUGAUAAUGAGCCAAAAUUUGACUUACAAAAUUUUUCAUUAAAAAUACCUGAAACUUCUCCAAUUGAUGCGGAAUUUCGUUUACCACAAGCAACUGAUCGAGAUACUAGUGUGAAUGGAAUAUCAGAAUAUCGAUUAGUUCCAUGUAUUGAUAAAAAAGAUAAUGAGAAAUUUACAUUAUAUCCUUAUUCUUGUCAUAAGCCUAUGACAACUCUAAAACAGAUAUAUUCAAGCAUCAAUAUAUUUAUUAACCAACAUGACAAGAGAUUAUCCACUGAAUACAAUGAAGAAUCUUUACAAAAAAACUAUGCUGGUGAUUAUUUCAUGCUAAAAACGUAUUCAAGAUUUAAUGGAAAACUACAACCAAUUUUAAAACAAAUUCGUCUUCUAGACAGAGAACAAUUUCAGUGGCUAUAUCUAUGUUUGAUAGCUGUAGAUGGUGGUGGUCAACAAGGCGCUACAUGUGGUUAUAUUGAAAUCAUUGAUGCGAAUGACAAUGUACCCCAAUGGAUUGGUUUACCAUAUAAAGUAUCCAUUAGUGAAUGUGAACAAGAUUAUCAGCAAGCAUACAUCGAUAGUAGUAGUAAUAAUAAUAACUAUAAUAUGUUUAGGUCACAAAUAUCAUCACUUCGAUAUUUAUAUACAUUAAAAGCUAUGGAUACUGAUAGUGGGAUAUACGGACAAAUAACUUAUCGAUUAGCGCAAGAUAAUAAUUUCGAGUCUGCGAAAACUCACAAUCACAAACCCAAAGUAAUAAUUAAAGAAAAUAAAUUAUAUUUACUUUCUAAAUUAGAUUAUGAGCAGUUAACUAAAUUUGUUGUUUAUGUCGAGGCUAUAGAUGGUGGUGGAUUGUUGAAUUUUACGGAAGUUGAAGUCACUGUUGAAGAUUGUAAUGAUCAUGCGCCUACAAUAAUGCUAAUUCCUGUAAAGUCAUCACUAUCACAUAUUACUGACAAUAAUUAUAGUAAUAGUAUAAAUAUCAAUGCCAAGAAUUUACUGUCAUCAUCUUCAUUUCCAUCAUUAUCAGGAUUACCUGUCUCCAAUAAUGUGGAGUCAUUGUGGAUAGAGGAGGAAAAUUAUGAUCAAAUUAAGUUAGCCACAGUUAUGUCAUUUGAUCGUGAUAAAAAAGACAGUGGUCGUGUAACAUGUUAUCUAGAUAAAUCUGGACAAUUUGUAAACACUAUCGAUUACAGUCAGUUAUUUGAAUUGAUACCAAGUCAACCAACAUUUGGUGCACUCAGUACAAAUACUAACAAAGGUUUAAGUAGUAUGAGGCAAAAUGAUAUAUAUGCUAAUAUUACAUCGUCAGAUAAACCAUCAAUAUUUAGUUUAUAUAAAAAAAGUGGGGUUAAAAUUGAUCGAGAAGAAACUCCAAAGUUAUCAAUUGAUAUUGUUUGCACGGAUAAUGGAGAAGUGAAUCCACAAACAACUAGACGAACAUUACAUAUUUUUAUUAAGGAUAUCAAUGAUCAUACACCACGUAUUUUAACAACAACAACAACUGCUACUACCGCUACUUCGACUAUUGAAAAAAUAAAUGAUCCAUUGGAAAAUUCAAUUAGUAAUGGAAUUAACAGAGAAGGAAAAGAUGAGAAACAGUUUAUAAGUCAAAUCUUUAGUGUACCAGAAAAUGAACCAUUUGGUACAUAUGUUGGUACAAUUUUAGCUAAAGAUGAUGAUGAAGGUAUUAACUCACAAUUACUUUACAGUUUUACAUUGUUACCUGAUGAUAAUGUCACUGAUGAAAUGAGUCCACAGAACUUAUUCGAAAUCGAUAAAUUAACUGGUAGAAUAACCACAUGUAUCCCACUAGAUCGUGAAACACAGUCAAGUUAUUUAUUGAAUGUUCAAGUAAUGGAUUCUGGUAUCCCAUCAUUAUCAUCAACAACUAGAAUACGAAUAAAUGUAGCUGAUGUUAAUGAUAUGCCACCAGUAUUUGAAACUACAGAUCCUAGUGGUAGGAUUAUAUUUCAGUUAACCGAAUCAGUGGGUAAUCGUCGUGUACAUGGUCGACUAGUUGGACGUCUUAAAGCAUAUGAUAAUGAUUUAGGUUCAAAUCAAACUAUUCGUUAUGCAAUUGUUAAUGGUUCCCUUUCGCCAAUUCACUUACCAGUUACUUAUCGUGUAUCAUUAGAUGGUAAUAUUUAUGCAGAUGGUAUAAUGGAUAGAGAACUAUUUCGUGAACAUCAAUUCACAGUAAUUGCAUAUGAUGCUGGGCCAAUAAAUCAACAAUUAACUAGUACUGCACUAGUUUUAAUUAAGUUACUCGAUAUAAAUGAUAAUCCACCACAGUUUAUACAUCCAUCAACGUCAGUAUCAAAUAAAAUUCCAUCAGAUUUAAUUAAUAUAACUAUUGAUACUUCACCUGGAACUAUUCUUUAUUCAAUACAAGUAACUGAUUUAGAUGAACCAAAACAUACUAAAUUUAAUUUUACAUUACAUUCAGCUCGUUUUUUAUCUGAUUAUUUUUUAUUAAAACCAAAUGAAAUACAUAUAUCUGAAACAAAUAGUUAUAGUGAAGCAAGUGCAGAUUUAAUUUUAGUUAAUUCUUUAACACAAUUAUUACCAACAUAUAAAACUAAGUACACAACAACAAUGAAUGAAGUUAAUUUAAAUAUGAAAUUAAAUAUUGAACAAACUAAUUCAUCUAUUCUAUCGUCGUCAUCAUCAUCUUCAUCAUCAUCAUCAUCAACAACAACAAAUAAUAAUAAUAAUCAACAUUAUCCAAUAGAAUAUUUUUUGUAUAUAAUUGUUAAAGAUAGUGAUAAAGAGGUAGGAUUUACAUCGACUGCACGUUUACGAGUACAUGUGUAUGUUGAUAAUAUAUUAACACCUUCCUUAUCAUCAAAUAUAAUUACAUAUAGACAAAAUUUCAAUUCAUCAAUGAAUUCUGAAUUAGCAUCAUUAAGUAAUACUGAAAUGUAUAAAAUUAAUUCUGAUCGAUUAUAUAAUGAUGAAAGAUUAAAUUCAUAUGGUGCUGAAUUAAAAGAUAAUACACAACUAUUUCAAAAUAAACUUACUACUACUCAUAAUAACAAUAGUAAUAUGACUAUUUUAUUAAUUGUAUCUAUUAUUAUCAUUUGUAUGUUUAUUGGAGUAUUUUGUUCAAUAGUUAUUUUUUAUAUUCGUGGAAAUAUAUCUAAUUGUCAAGAAGUAAAUCGUCCUAGAUCAUCAGAAUUAUAUACAACUACACAUAAAACAUGUUCAGAUAAUUGGUCAGUUGGAGAAUUAAGUGAACAAUGUAAAGUACCAUCAAGUUGGGAAACAUUAAAUUGUAAAGAUAUGGUGGUCAAUUUAACCAGUGGUGAUGAAAGCACACUUAACAAUACAAAUCAAACAUACAUUUUAACUCCAUCAACAAGUUUUCCUAAUACUGAACGAAUAAACACAAUACCAUUAACAUUCUCUCCAGUAUUAAAUCGACAUCAUAAAGUAAAUUUCAUAACGACUUGUUCAACAGAUACUAACGGAAGACAAGCUACAGUCGAUACAACAUGUACAUCAAUUAACCAACAUUAUGAUUUACAAACAAAUAGAGAAUCUGUACAUCAUGAAUAUUCACUAUUACCAGCAAGUGUAAUCACCUCCAAUGAAACACACAGUGCUUAUCUUGCUCCUUAUUAUCAAGAACUUUAUUGUCCAACAUUAAAGCAAAAUUAUAAAUCUAUCUUACGUUCACAAGGACCAUUCGUUUCAACACCGACAAAUACCCAGGCUUUUUCAGGUUCGAAGACUGAUCAAAUCAACUUCACUAUGUUACAAAAACCUUCUGUAUCAAAUGAAGGCGUUAAGUUGAGAACAUUUAUUCGUACAAAUUCAAUGAAUAGGAAAUAUAUCGAUCAUGCAAAUAUGGUAGAUAAUAAUUAUAUAAAUCCAUUAAAAGAUAAUCAGAAUGUUUAUCAUAUGGAAACACUUAAUCCAACACAAGCUACGAACAAAUCUAUGAAGAAUAAAACUUAUACCUUAUUGGUAAGGCCAUCUUUAAACAAUGCACAAUCAUGUACAGUGGAGACCAAAACAUGUUCUGAUGACUUUCAACAACAACCAAACAUUGUAAAUAAUAGUAAUGAUGUGACAUUAUCAAACCAGAAAUUAUUAAACAAUAGUUCAGCAGUAUCUAACUUAAAUGAGAUGAAACCAGCAGGAUGUGUUUUAAUGUCAGGAAAUGAACAUUCCACUUGCAUAGAAUGUGAACAUUACAAAGAUCGAAAUCCCACUACGUCUACAUUGUGAUGAAUAUGAAAUAACAGAAGAAUAUUUAUGUCUAUCCCUAACUUUGAUCAUUUUUCUUUGGUUUCAUUUUAUUUCUCCAAAAAAUGUGUAGAAUAUAAUUACAGUUAUAUGAGACCAGUUAACUUGUAUUAAUUAAUGUAUAGUUAAAUAUCUAACUAUUCAACAGAACUCCAAUAAAAUUGUGAUGAAUUCC